AUGGAUCCUCUCAAUGACUUUCUCUUUGAGGUGGAACGAAGCCUUAAGGGCUCGCCAGAACUGGUUCUGGUGCAUUUGGCUCGACUAUUGACCCCGCUGGUGACCAACAAACAGAUUAUCAACUUGAAUAAUCUUCCUCAAUUGGCGUCCGAUCGAUACAAUCAGGCUGUAGAUUCACGGCAUUUUUACAACAACGAGUGGCUAGCGUUCAACGAAGUGGUGUGUUCGUUCGUAAGACUUGGAAACCAGCUUAACCCCUGGUCGGCUUUGGAUUCUUUUGAUCUAUAUUCUGGGUUUAUCAACGACUUACUGGUGGCCUUCAACAAUAAUGUCAGGGGCCAUCUUUUGACUAAUCUUGUUCGAGAAACCAUAUCAAUUGUCGUUCCUAUGGCUACUAGGCUCGACAGGCAGAUGUACUACAAGGAAAACUGUGCCAAUCCUCGGUUGACAUACCUAGCUUCGGUGCUCUUGCGAAUCUUCAAUAAUAUCAGAUCGCAGCUUUCGGCAGAUCCACACGAUAAUUCUCCCAAACGACAAAUCAUUUUGCUGGUGGGCGUAACGCUAUGUCAAGUUUACUUUAAGCUAGGAAACCCGCUUCUUUGUCGCAAUAUUUUCUCCAACAUGAACAAUGCUGGACUUCGAUUCAGUCGCUAUUCGGUUGCAGAACAGGUUCAAUAUCGCUUCUACCUCAGUCGGUUCUACCUCAUCAAGGACCAACUUCCUGAUGCCUACGUGCACCUCAUGUGGUGCUAUGAAACAUGUGCCGCUGCAACUUCGGUGUUGGGUGAGAAACUCAACUCACAUCUUACCGUCAUCCUCAAGUAUUUGUUAGUGGUGGGAAUGAUGAUAGGUAAAAAUCCCAGUUUCAACACAAUAUCCCAAACCAUCUAUAAUGGAAACAGUCCACCAUUCCUCACCAUAUACAACGAGAUCUCGCUCCAAAUCAAAGCUGGAAAUUAUACACAACUCGUCGCUGUGAUUUCGCAACCUCAAUGCUAUGAGUUUCUCCACAAAAAUGGGCUCCUUUUGCUUGUGGUCAACAAAGCCAAACUCAUAACCGUUCGCAACCUACUCAAAAGAAUCUGGCUACUUUCUGGAAAACCUACAAGAUUGAAUUACUCUUCCGUCAGAGCAGGACUUCAGGUUUCAAUCAAUGUCAAUGCUCCACUUGACAUGUACAAAUUAAUCAGUGGCGUCGACGAUACAACCAUAGAAAACGUGUUGGUGACUCUUAUUGACCAAAACAUGCUCAAGGGCAAAAUAGCGUCUGUGGCUAGAGCCGUUUCUCUUAGUAAGUCUGAAACGUUUCCUACCAUCUCGGAGAUUAACUUCCGGCGGUUUGGAAAUGGCGCCUCAACGGCGCUAAACAAGGAGGAUCAAUGGAUGCUCACGUAA